AUGCAUCGUCUCUCGUCUACUGCUCUCUCUUUCAAGCUUGCCCGAAUUCUCCAGUUGCAUGCAAUUCGGAGAUGCGUCCAUCACAGGGGGCUGAUCUCCUCCGCAUCGCGACGCUCUCCAGGGGAGGGAACACCGGGUGUUGCCGAGAAUGUUUCAUUAGGGAUUGACUCGGAGAAGAGUGCCAACGAGAAGGGCAAGCAGAAGGAGGGGGCAGAACAGGUCUCAAUAACUAAGCAAGAAGAGUCUCCCGUACCCCUACUUCAACGCCCACUGGGCGUGCGCGAUCGCCCGACCUCGCAAAGCAAGACCUGGGCCGAUAUCCGAGAUGAAAUCCUGGAUCACGAGAAGAGGCUGGAGAAAAGAAAAUAUCUUGUUAAAGAAGCUACAAGAGGCUACUUCACGGAUCUAAAUGCAACGCGCAGACACGGCGGCAAGACAUGGAUAGCACCGAAGGUUAUGAUCCGGGAAGAUAAAGCGUUGUAUUUUCCCGACGUCGCUGGCAGCGACCUGAAAUCGAAAGCGGAUGCACAUACUACGAGUCUCUGCGUGGGGAAAGUAUCCGUGGUUGCCAUCCUCUCGAGCAGAAUAUCCGAGCUGCAAACUGCCAACUUCGUGAAGCCGACGCUCGAUCAGUUCGCCAACCACCCGUCUUUUCGGUUCGUUCAAGUCAACCUACAGGAGAACCUCUUGAAGUCUCUCUUGGUCUCUAUGUUCAUUUCUGGCAUCCGCAAAACCAUCCCCGAAAGGUAUUGGGAGACAUAUAUUAUAAGCAGCCAAAGGAUGGAUUACCUUCGAGAAGAUAUCGGCAUGACAAAUCGGCAUGUGGCUUAUGUGUACUUGCUAGAUGAACAGUGCAGGGUUCGUUGGGCGGGAUGCGCAGAUCCCAUGGCGCAGGAAAUCGAGGCACUCCGAGUGUGUACUGGCGUUCUCCUAAAAAGAUACAGUGCCGCCAGCAACAAGCCUUAG